AUAUAAUUCCAAUUUCUUUAGACUUUUCUUUAAAGAAAUUUAAGAACAACAUUUAACACAGAGUUCCAGAUGGUAUUUUGAUACUAACCGCACUUGUGCCUCCCAGUAGCCGGCGAACCGGCACAGUCAGCCCAUCUCGUAGCGUUUGUUGUUUAAUUCUCUGGGCCACAAUUGAGUAAUCAAGCGUAAAGUCGGAGUGAAUGAACACAUAAGAGGGCAAACGCCGGGCAAAGUGGCUGAAGCUAUGGCUGCAAAGGAUUUCCCCAAGAAGAUGCAAAAGAUACAAAUAAAACAAAAUAAGCACAGAGGAAAAUCAAGAAAACCAGCUAGGGAAACCCGGAGGAGCACACAGACAGCAGUGGCAAGUGUCAAAAACGAGAUGAAAAGCGCCAAAGUGACGACACAAAAAGCCAUAAAGAGCAAGAAGCGACACAAAAGCAGCAACAAAAUCACGGCACUCAAAGGGAAAACCUUUGAUGGGCAAGGCAGGCAUACACCCCAUAGCUAUAACUUAACCCUCACAAAGGAUAUAGAAAAAACGCCAUACCAUAGAGAGAAACUAACUCUGGGGAAAAAGAAGCUGAAAGAAAGCCGGGGAAAUUGAAGGAGAAGGAAUGCCUAGGGUGUGCUCUCUCUCUAUAUGGGAAAAGGAAAAAAUCUGUGCAAAGGAAAUCGACAUGCAGAUUAAAAGGAAGUUGCACAAACCGAAUGGACAGGCCAAAGGGCGUGGUGGCGGCCCUGCGAUGCUGGUUGUAGAUUGCGUAGAGAAGAAGAGCCAAGCAAAGGCAGAAAAAAUUCGAUUAUCUGCGAGAGGAAAACUGUAAUUAAAUCUAUGGGGUUUUCCACACAGGA